CUAUUUAUAGGCCACACUACAUACAUACAUUACAUACUCUACUCCUAUCGAUAUCCUAGGUGCUCGCUCUUCAUCGGCCUUUCCCGUGUUAAAGGGAAGUACCAAGGAGGAAGUACUAUCAUUUUUAUCAGCAUUUAUUAUGGCUUUUAGUGCAUCGGUUGGGGAUGAGGCUUUCGUCACACUAGCAACCAAUGAUAGUUACUGUUAUGGUGCCCUUGUACUUGGUCAGUCUCUGCGUGAUGUCGGUACAACUAGAAAACUGGCAAUCCUUAUAGCACCUAUGGUCACACAAUCCAUGAGGCAGCAGCUCUCCCAGAUUUACGAUUAUAUCCAACAAGUUGACCCGCUAGACAGCCAAGAUGAGGCUAACUUAGCACUGCUUGCACGACCCGACCUAGGAAUCACAUUCUCCAAGCUGCAUUGUUGGCGCCUAACACAAUUCACAAAAUGUGUCUUUCUCGAUGCUGACUGCUUAGUUCUUCGUAAUGUUGAUGAUUUAUUUGAGCGUGAAGAAUUGUCUGCUUCCCCCGAUGUUGGUUGGCCAGAUUGUUUCAAUUCAGGGGUGUUUGUUUUCAGACCAUCUGAUGAAACAUAUGCUGCCCUUUUGCAAUGUGCUGUUACACACGGAAGCUUCGAUGACCAAGCCAUGGUCGCUUCGUUACGAUAUGCAAACUGGUACAUUGCGACCCCAUGAUGGUACAAGCAUGCAACAUGAUAGUGAAUUCAUUCAGGCAUGGUGGAACAUAUUCCUUACUAAGAUUAAACCCAGAAUUGAAACCACACAGGAGAUACAGAAUCUGAGAGCCUCAAGGAUCUCUGAAGCAGAUUGCACAAGAUCUCCACCAGUGGAUGGUUGUGAGCUUGCCUCGGAAGUGGGUCAGAUUAGCUUAGAAGACAAAGGUCAGACACCAACACGUACGCAGAGCAAUUUGACACGUCAAGAGGCCUGGGAGAAAGGAGAAAUUGAUUAUAUGGGAGAAGACCGUUUCUCAAACAUCCUGGAGCACAUAGAGAGCACACUAAAGGAAGGAGAGAAGUCAUGAAUCAUGUGUCACCACAUAAGGAAGCAGAGAAGUCGUGAACCAUGUGUCAACAAGUUCAGCUCCUGCUCUCUCCUUGUUUGUAGAAUGACAAAAUGAGUUUAGCACUAGCAGAGUAUAUUAUUAUUAUCCCAACAAGGUACUAUGGUGUUCCCAUCGAUUUCUGUAGAAAUAGAGUUCCAAAACUAAUAGAUUUCCACCAAUCAAUAAUAUCCUAUUUGAGGCGUAUAUAGUAUAGUCUUGCUGAUAAAUUUAAUGUUGUUCUUGUGACUGUUAUACAUUAGUAAAAUCUGUAGCAACUACCAAUUAAGUAUAAAAAAUCAUGGAAAAUGAUUGUAUUCAUUAGUAAUAUCAGUAACUUUAUGGUAAUGUCAUAAGUAAAUUGCCAUCACUUGCAGUGUUUCCCCAAUAAGAUAAUCGGGUUAAUUAUUUCGGACGAGUAGUCAAGUCAGACAAGGUGAGAAUUCAAGUUACAGUUUGGUUUAUUUCAAGUCAAAUCAUUGACUAAACCUGAGUCUCAGACUAUUAUUUCUUGUAUAGAUGUACUAUUAGGCAUACAGUACAACUUAAAGCCUGGCUACAUACUGUAAUUAACUGAUGCUCAGUUUUAAAAGAUUUUAACUUUGAUCUGUGAGCUUUUUAUUCCGCCAAAUUGUGGUUUAGUCAAUUGUUGCCAAAUGUAUAAAAUUAAGAAGUGAUUAUGCUUCAAAACCACCAAUUGUACCUUAUGGCCACGGAAUGUGUUCCUUAGAAGUUUUAGUGAAUUUCCAUGCAAAAAGAUAAUAAUAACAAUAAUAAUUAAUCUACUCACAGAAAUUCCUUAAUUCAUAAAAACAUAUUUUAACUGUAGGCAUACCAUAGUAAUUAUGUAACAAAACAAUAUACUGUAUUUCAGUUAAAUGAAAUAGUAUAAAUUUAGUAACAAGUAGUACCAGCAGUUUGGUGUAGGAGAAUCCCUUAUUUUUAAAUGGACUGUUAUAUUUUUAUGAAAUUUGCAUCUUCCUUUCCUGUUGUAUAGUGUGAUAUUAAUGUUUAACUUUCAGGGGUUGAAAACAUGUGAACAGUAAAAUAGUGGAUCAAAAUAGGGAUGGUUGGUUCAAGCAGUGGCACACACCUAUGGGCUCUUGAGGAUGGUAGCGGACCUGAGUCAUACUGUACUUACUAACAUCCACAUAUUACUACAGAGCCUUCACAUUCAGACCAGUAGAUGGACACCCAAAAGUAGCAAGCAAUAAAACAAUAUGGCUCUUAACUAACAAAUUUUGAACUGUAUUGUCAUUGCCGAGGUGGGAGGAAGAUUCACUCAAUACUAUUCCCUUUGCCAUGUUUGUGACACUUUCGGCCCCUGUGACUCAUGAGUCAUUGUUACGCCACUAGGUUCAGAUUUUGCUACAAGGUUGCUCAUACCAUACUUAUUGAUUUCCAUAAGGUCACCUGAUUUGCAUAAAUCUUUAUAUCUACUAGUCAUAGAGAGUUUAUUUUGUUGUCAAAUUGCUUAGAUUCAUGGGGGAUGUGAUUUGCCACUAUAAGCCAUAAACUCUCACAGUGAACCCUACCAGGAAUUUUUCAUUUGAAGACCCCGACCGAGGCUUUAGUCGACCCCUUGGUUCGGACCCCUCCGUCGACAUGUUAGACCCCUUGACUGCAAAUUUCUGGAACCACCGCUGUAGAAAUGUCCAUUUUGACUUUCUGACCUAUAUUUUAAAGAACUUUCAUAUCUUGGUAAUUAUUGAAUGUUUAUAUAUGUUAUUGACUUUUGACUUCUAUUUUAAACACCAAAGAAACUCUCUGUUAGAGGAAGAUAAAGUACCUGCCAAUAUGGGUUAAAGGUCAAUAACACCAUUUCCAAUCGUUUUCUGAAUAUACUUUAGGCUAAACAUCUACAUUUUCAACUGUACAUUAGACUAGAUAAAAAUAUUUAUUCUGAACAAUUCGACACCCGAAGCAUCUCUGUAUUACUCUAUCAGUAGGCUUAAUCUCAAGUGUAAUUCCAAAAGAAUCACCAAUUUAAAUUAUACAGAUUAGGUUUCGGUGACUGGCAGAAGUCGUAUAGUGUGGACGUAUGGCUGACCUAUGCAUCCAAUUUGGAAGAAAUUUAACCAAUAUAUCCCUAAAGGCACCAACUAGAAGUAAAGAAUACUGAAAUAAUUACUGUAUGCAAAAGAAAUAUCUUAAAAUUUCAUUGAAAAUUUCCUGUAAACAUUUAAUUAGUUUUAAUUUUUAUAUAUUUAAAUUUAAUUAUAUUUUAUGUUAUAUUGAUAUUUAUGAAGUUUUAGACUUUUUUUAUAUAUUAUACAUGCAUACAUACUCACUAAUCAGAUCCUCCAUUUCUAUUUUGUGGAACUGGAAUAAUUGUAAACCUGUAUCAUGUGUAUGUAUAUGAAGAAUAUCUUAAACUGAGUGACCAUUCUUAUAUUUUAAGAAAAUUAAAGCUUUAGCAAUUAAAUAUUUUAUUAUUUUUGACAAUGAAUUCUAUUUUGACACUGCAUAUUUUAUGAACACUUGAACCAAACACAAUGUCCUCUUCACAUCAUGUACCAUGCCUACUAAAACAGCAUUUCUGGUGGAUUUUCAUUUUGAUUAAAUUGCAAUACAUUA